AUGACGAUAUUCAAGAAGGAGAAGCUGGUAGAGAAGGAGGAAGAGAAGUAUCAUUGUCGAUUCUGCGGUAAGAGAUUCAGUAAUGGGAGAGCGCUUGGAGGGCAUAUGCGAGUCCACGGGAUGUUCAAUAAACCCAUCCUUCACCCGAACAAAAGUCCAUCCACCACAGGAGUUGAAGGAGACUCCUCCGACAGCAACUGCCUCCCUACUAGUCACAUUUGCCAAAAUUGCCGCAAAGAAUUCUGUUCGUUGAAAUCAUUGUCCAAGCACUGUUGUCGCGGUCUCGUUGGUGUUGGCAGGGAUGAUGGCGAGAAUGACAACUCAAAUGACCUUUUUUCGCCUUCACUCUCCCAAUCCAAAAUUCCUACUCAACCUCUUGUGCUUACCGAAGAAGAGCGUGUCGCUAAUUGUCUUGUCAUGCUCUCCACUGCCUGCGCCAACCCUGUUUUUCGCAAUACCGAUGAAGCAGAAUGCUCUACUUCCAAAAGGAGGGAUGUUGAUUAUGUCUUCCUCCUGCCUUCUUUGCCUCAGCCAGAAGGCCCAAAACCCCACAUCUCAACACAAACGCCUCAAAAUGCGCAUAAACUUUUUGAAUGCAAGACUUGUCAAAAAGUAUUUACCUCACAUCAAGCACUCGGCGGCCAUCGGGCUAGCCAUAAGGAAGUUGAGGACUGUUUUGCAACUCGGGUUGAAAUCAGGUCACCCAAGAGAAUGAAGUUCACAGCAAUUGAAGAUGAAAGCAACAAUAAAAAUCAUCAAAAUAAUCGAGCCAUAUCUUCCUCUGAAAAUAUGACUUUACCAAUUGUUCCGUUUGUAGGUACCUCAUCACAAUUGCCACUGCCAAAGAAAAAACCCAAAGUACACGAAUGCUCAACUUGUAAACGACAGUUUCCAUCAGGCCAGGCACUUGGCGGGCACAUGCGCUGUCAUUGGAGGGCAUCAACUUCCCGUGGCGCGACCGUUGAUCCAUUGAGCGUUGUUGCCACUAAGCUGCAAGCAGGGAAUAGUAGCAGUAGAUUAAACGAUAUACAACCCCACAAGCUGAGGACCAUAUCUUUAAUUUCUACUCCAGACUUGAACAUACCAUCACCAAUACAUGAUUUUCCCGAAGUCACGUUGUGUCUUGGUGUGCCCAUUACUACAAUGUAUGUACAACCAGGACGAGAAAAUGUAAACGAGAAUAUGUUGAAUGUAAAUAUAGAGGAAGUUGAGAGUAGGGAGGUGAGAUUAAAUGAUCUUAGUGAUCUCCUUGACAUAAAUGAGAGAAAGGUUGGCUCUACAUGGUUGCAGAUUGGCUUGGAAUCCAUAUCUAAGCAAGAGACUAGAGCUGAUCAACCUUAA